AUGGCCGCCGCCGCCGGGUUCAAGACCAAAGCAUCCAUCACCAACUUUGGGGGCCAGCUCCUCAAGCUCUCUCACAAGUCCUCCACCACCGGCACCGACAUGGCUGUGAACCUCUACCUACCUCCCCAGUGCACCACCCGCGCCGUCCCCGUCCUCUUCUACCUCUCCGGCCUGACCUGCACCCCGGACAACUGCACCGAGAAGGGCUUCUUCCAGGCUCAGGCCUCGGUCCGCGGCGUCGCCAUCGUCUACCCGGACACCUCCCCGCGCGGCCUCGACCUGCUGGGCGAGCGCGACUCUUGGGACUUUGGCGAGGCUGCCUCCUUCUACGUCGACGCCACCCGCGAGCCCUUCCGCCAGCACUACCGCAUGGAGACCUACAUCACAAAGGAGCUGCCCGAGCUGCUCUUCCGCGAGUUCGCCGGCAAGCUCGACCGCUCCCGCGUUUCCAUCACCGGCCACUCCAUGGGCGGCCACGGCGCCCUGUCUCUCUACCUGCGUCACCCGGGCAUGUACCGCAGCGUCAGCGCCUUCGCCCCUAUCGCCAACCCCUCCCAGUGCCCCUGGGGCGAGAAGGCCUUCACUGGCUACCUCGGCGACGACCGUGCCGAGUGGGCCAAGCACGACUCGACCGAGCUCGUCAAGAACUGGAGUUACGGCCCCCUGAACGCCCUCAUUGACGUCGGUCUUGGUGACAACUUCUACAUCCAAAAGCAGCUGCUGCCCGAGAACUUUGAAAAGGCCGUCAAGGAGAAGAACCUCGAGGGCCUGAACCUGAGAUACCACUACGGCUACGACCACUCCUACUUCUUCAUGGCGUCCUUCUCCAAGGACCACGUAGACCACGCCGCCAAGCACCUGGGUCUCGGUAACCCCACCGCCUGA